AGAAUGGGAGGAACUGUCAACUUUGUGAAAAUUUUACUUCUCUUUUGUACGCUUUCCCUGCGAGUUAACGAUCAGGCUGAGGGCUGGUGCACCUGAGAGGUAUGCGCUAAUAGCUUGGCGGGAGCUGUCCACAGCCUUGUCGACAACGCCUUUCUUGGUGUCUAGAAUACCGUCUCAUCCGCCCAACGCAUGUCCUUCCUUUAUCGAUAUAAAGCUUUCCAUUGCCACGAUGUCUACCACAGAUCUAAAAAGAAAGUAUGAGAUGUGUGCCAGACGGUACUUAAGGAUAAUCCAAUCCAACUCGGGCAGCACUGGCAACGUGGAACGUGUAGCGUUGGACGGCAUUCGUUUCGUACUCAUAUGCCGCACUCUGGGAAUAUCAAACGCUCGACUUGAUCCAGUUUUAGCCCGCUACCAGCAGUACCUUCUUCAGGACCUUGAAAGAUUACAUUAUUCACUUGAAAGCGUCGAGGGUUCCGCUAUAGCCCUAAAGGAAGACCACGCAAAAUCACAGGCGCUCACCUCUUGGGUCACAGACAUGAUGGUGGAGAGCGAAGAAUUGCGCGUAAGAUCGCAUCUCGGACAAAUUCAUGACGAAACGGACGACCAUGCCACUAUUUCGGAACCAUUUCAGGACCGAAUCUCCAAACUGACAAACACGUCUUCUAGCGUGCUGGAAUCUCUCCACAGACUGCUCUCCGAGUCUCAGAAGAGGGAGUUCUCAAGGGAAAUACAUAACUGGCAAACUAAAGUGCUUGUAGGUGACAAUGUUGUUGCCUUAAACGCUCUACGGGCCGCUGUGGACAGUUUAGAUAGCCCGUCAGGCUUGCUGGCUUCGGAGGUUAAUCAAAGGCUGCAUGUGAUUGCAGAAGCCCGUCCAGAAAACAAAAUUAACGCUUCGCUCAUUCAAAGACUGCAGCUUCGAACAGAAGACCUGCACCUUGCGAUUUCUCAGGAAGAGCAGGAGCGAUACUUGGAAACCGUCGCCAGCCUAGAGGGUAGCCAUGCCGUCAGUAGAUUUCACGGAAAAAUUGUCUUCGUCGAAAAGCGGAGAAAUCUGGAUUCGGCCUGCGAAGGGGAAAAAGCCAUCGAGAUCUUCUUGAGAGUUGAAAGUCUGGCAGAACGGCUAGCAAAGACACCGAAGCCUGAGGCGCUUUGCACCUUGAAUCUUUUGAACACCUUUAGUGACAGGACGGAUCAGAACUACGGCUUCAUCUAUGCCUGGCCUUGGGACAUCGAAUCUUGGGAUGAAAGGCUCAAGCCUAAAACCCUACAUCAGCUGCUCGUCGAGAGUGGGCGCGACUUACGCGACGUUGGGCCGUCACUCACUCAUCGGUUCGAGAUAGCCCGUCGCCUUGCCAAUUGUGUGAGGAUUUUUCAUCGCAUAGGAUGGCUUCACAAGUCUAUUAGUAGUCACAACGUGCUCUUUUUCCCUAGGAACCUAGGUGAUGAUCCUUUUGAGAUGGAGGAUGGUAUGUUCCUAGUCGGAUUCGAAUACAGUCGACAGGACGGACGCAACUUUGUAACCGAGCCUGUGACGAAAGAAGGAACCUACGAUAUCUACCGCCAUCCAGAUGUGACUGCCUUUGAGCGACGGUCGACAGUAGAUGAUUCAGAACCGAAAAUUUUCGAAAAGAGACACGAUUUGUACGCGCUUGGGCUAUUGUUGAUGGAGAUUGGGCUCUGGGACACCAUGGAAAGCCUACAGCAGGUUCAGCAGAACGAAGGCCAGGCGGCUGUGCACAUUCCUACGCCCCAAGAGUUCUUCAAGCAGCUCAACGAGGGCGGUAAAGGGUCAGCAGAAUCCUUGCUCAGAUUUCACACUGGUGAUAGGUACACUGAUGCUACUAUGACUUGUCUGAGAGGAGAAGUGAGAGAUGGGAAUCAUGGGGUCGAGUAUUUCGAAGACUUUUACACUAAAAUUCUUGAAUGUUUAGGCUAUAGCUUGACUUAAGCUAACGUAAUUCACGUAGAUUAGAGUACUAGAGGAUCAUUUCAAG